AUGUCCGCCUCCACCACCAACCCGCUCCCUGACGAACCCGUCACAGUCGUCGUCGCUGUGCAGCCACUCGACACCCCUGUUGUCGCCGCUGCAGCUCCCACCAUGUCUCCGACGCAAAAGGAAUCUCCUACGGGCACCGCGGUAUUCGCAUCCGAGCAUAUCGGGCCCAUCGAGCAUGUCGGGCCCACCGAGCAUGUCGAGCCCAUCGAGCAUGUCGACGAACCCACCGAGCAUGUAGACGAGCACACCGAGAAUGUCGAAGAGCCCAUCGAACAUGUCGACGAGCCCACCGAGAAUGUCGACGAGCCCGCCAUGGAAGAGCCCGAAAAGUCUCCCCAGACCGCCACCAAGAAGCAAACCAAGUGGCCCAACGUCCCCCUCGACAAAGGCCUCUACGAACAGUUCGAGGCGGCGUUCGAGUACAUGCGCACCAUGUUCCCUGGUCUUGAAGAUUUCCCCGCCAUCGACUGGGAUACCGGCCAUGACGAUCACCCCGCCAGCGACUGGGAUACCGGCCAUGACGAUCACCCCGCCAGCGACUGGGAUACCGGCCAUGAUGAUUACCCCACCAGCGCCUGGGACACCGAUCAUGAUGUUGAUUACCCCGCCGGCGGCUGGGACCCCGAUCAUGUUGAUUACCCCGCCGGCGGUACCUAUCAUGAUGAUACACCGCAGCAGGUACAGGACUACAGGCGUCUAUUGUAUACCGCACCAGGUACAGGGCCACCUAUGAUGUACCCCCCCUACAGGACUACCUGGGACGGAGGAGCAUGA